UGUCAGAUGAUCCUGAAGACAAAGCAGUCACCAGUGGUGUUUAAGCUUCUCGCAUUGCUCUCUUGGCAUUCCCUUUUCUUCUCCCAGCCACCUGUUUUUUGUCGGUUGCCCUCUUUCACACCCAUUCACUGCAAAGGAGGCCAGUAUAAAUAGCUGUGAUUCAUGAAGGGAGAAAGAGAAUAAGAAAGCGAGACUGAAAGAGAGGAGAGGGAAGAUACAUCACACAAGAUUGGCCUUGCAAAAGCAGUUCAGAGAGAGAUCCUGAUAUCUGGGUUUCCCCCUCCUUUGGUUUGAAGACAAUGUGGCGGGCCCUCAUGUAUCAGCUUGCUCUGAUUCCUCUCGUCCAGGCUCAAAAUGACUACUGCAGCACACACCGUACAUUCAGGGAGCCAGCCAACACUGACAUUAACGUUUACUGUGGCACGAAUCGCAUGGAGCUCCAUAUCUUGCUAUGUCCCGUCUACUUCGGUGGAUACAAUGAAUCACUGAUGUCCCUCAACGCUCAGUACUUCAAGGGAGAGUGCCGGGGGACACCCGAUUGGACUGUCGACCCGCCUAUUCUGAAAUACAACUUCUCCAUCACAGAGGAGGCGGUGUCCGCCUGCAACAACAAAAUAAAGAUCACUCAGGAGGUGGGUUCUGGGCUCUUUGCGGAUUUCUCCAGCGUUCAGUUUGUCAACAUCUCGGGCAUGAUCAACUCUCUGGACCCCAGUGCGGGAACGAUCACCUACCGCCAGGAAAUGAUUUACAAAUUCUCCUGCCGCUAUCCACUCCAGUACUUGGUCAACAACACUGAGAUGACCGUGUCUGGGGUGAGCCUAGCAGUCAAAGACAGCAAUGGGAGUUUCAUCAGUACCCUGAGUAUGACGCUCUACUCGGACAGGUUCUACACAACCCAGCUCAAGGUCCCUGAGGGAGGCUUGACGUUGAAGACACGCAUCUUUGUGGAGGUCAAGGCCACCAAUCUCACGGGAAGGUUCAACGUGUUGUUGGACCGAUGCUAUGCCACAACCAGCCCUUACCCCGUCAACAGCACUUAUUAUGACCUCUUUGUUGGGUGUAACCGGGAUGGCCAGACGGUGAUGGGGGUCAAUGGGCAACAGCAGGAAGCUCGUUUCUCAUUUGAGGCCUUCCGCUUCGUCCAGCACAAGAACAGGACGUUGUCCACUUUCUACCUGCACUGCUCUACCAGACUCUGUGAGAGGUCCGUCUGCACCUCCCUGCAACAGAACUGCACGGACAUCAUCAGCUCAAGGAGGAAGCGGGAGGUCCAGGACACGUCUGUGACCGACACAGCCACAGUCAGCUCCGGCCCCAUCCGCACCCAAGUGGACAACGGUGAUUCUGUCGGAAUUGUAUCUGAAGUUGUCGAGCAGUUGGGUGGAAAACACAGAUCCUUGCAGGGUGUUGCCAUAGCAGCAGGGAUUGUUGGCGCGCUCUGUAUCUCCAUGGUAGCCUUCAUUGCGUACUGGAUCGUUGUGCCAAGGACCAUUGGGGCCACAGAGAAGAGAAUGCGCUUCUCUACAAAAGAGUGACAGUUUAGGGGAAGGCUUUGCCCUGUUACUCUUAAGGUGGUUUCCUCUAUGUCCUAGUUCUUAUGAUCACUGACUUAAAGUAGGUGGGUCAGUGACAGUGCAAUAACCUAAUGAAUAUAUCUGUGUAACCUGCACAUAUAGCACUGCAUGUUUAAAUAGUUUAUUUCCAUUUUAAAGACAUUUAAAGUCUGGUAUUAAGGGCUAUCUUCUUUGUCUGGGGUUAAGGUCAAGUAUAAAUGGAUGCUAUUCAAUAUCUAUUAUCAGAAUCCAAAAUGACUACCUAUUUUGGUGUAUUAGUUAAGGGCUUCUUCAAUGCUGUCCAUCAAAUCAUAUUUAAAUGCAUUUUUUCUAUAACCUGUCUUUCAAUUUCCCAGUCUUUACAAAUACUGGUGUAUAAAACCACACUCGAUAAAGUUUAAAAGUAAAAUAUAAUAAAAAUGGCCUGUUUUUCCAUGAUGUUUCAUAAUCUGUCCUGCUGCCCUUGAAGUUCUCUAGCCUCAGACUACCAGACAAUUACACAUUCAAACUCAAUGAAUUGGAGCGAAACCAUUACCUGAUUACAGAAUGGACCCUAGCCCAAAGUUACAAUAGUACCGUUGAAUGUGUAUUUGAAGACACUUUAUUUUUUAAAGACAUGGAUUGAGGGAAUAAAUACACAUGCCACUGUUCAUCCAUCCAUCAUUUCAG